AUGAAUUACGCAACGGUACUUGGUGGACCGUUUUCAUGUAACGCUCCUGGCAAUAAUAAUAAUAACGAUCAAUAUUCCCGUUUGGGAUAUGCAACUGAUAUAACAGGACAACAUUCUCAAAUUAUGCAACAUCCGUCAUUAAAUCAAGCUCCCGGACAAGCUUUGAAUGUAUAUCCACAGUUUUCACAACCCACGUCAAUGAAAGACCCUAGAAUGAAUAUUAAUAUAGGAAGUAAACUUUUCGUUGGCCAGGUUCCUGCCAUGACUACUGAAGAACAAUUACGCCCAGUGUUUGAACCGUAUGGGAAGCUCUUAGAAGUAAAAAUAAUGCGUGAUACUGUAGGACGUUCUAAAGGAAGCGCAUGGGUUCGCUACGAAACCAAUGAAAUGGCUGUAAAUGCUAUUAAUGCUCUUCAUGAAAAACAUACAGUUCCUCCUCAGACUAAUCCAUUACGUGUGCAAUUUGCUACUCCUAACAGCGCAAAACACCAACAACAACAACAGGGAAAAUAUCCCCUCGGAAUGAGAGGUCCAGCGAACCCAUACAAUUUUGGGGACCCAAUGAGUAGCUCUGCAAAGCAACCUGGAAUAGUUAUGUUUCCACAAGGUACUUCACCAAGCAUUAUUUCCCCUAUUGAUCCAACUAGUGGGGCUCAGUACAUGACUCAACCUUUUCCUGGUUCCAUGGAUCCUGCUCACAUGAUGACAGGACCAUAUACAUCAAAUUUAAGUCGUUUUGAUAACGUCAAUUUUCCAGAUAACAGGCGAGAGGUGUACAUUUCUCCACAACCACAGACCACGGCGACACAAGUGUAUCAGCAGCAGAGAAUUGGCUUUUCGCCAACCCCUGUCAGUCCUAACACUAUCUAUAAUCAACAACCUUCCUUACCGCAUGCAUCAACCCGCAGUAAUAGCGACAGUAAAAAUGGUGGUGGUAGUGGUGCUUACUUGGGAUCGUUCGAUGCAAAACAUGGGGUAUGUGACUCCAAUAAUAACGACAUUCAAACUAUGGGAAAUGAUUUACCUGCAUCUCUUGAUCCUGGAGUUGCAAUUUGGGAGUAUCGGAACAACAAUGAUACACAGGGGCAGGAACAACGCGAACCAAGUACGCAAGUAAGAACGAGCGAAAGAAAAAACGAAUGA